AUGUCCAACCCCAGUGAAACGCCACAAUCGACUCCCGGUAGUCAGGCUCUGAUCAAUUUCAAUAAGAAACCACAGGCUUUGGAGCCUUUCAAAAGACCUUCCGAAAUUGGUGUGAUACGAAAGAAACCCAAACCCAAGAUUCUUACCGAGGAGAAGUACAUCGAAGAAAUAUCGAAAAUUAUACAACGCGACUUCUUUCCCGAUUUGGAGAAACUGAAGGCACAAAAUGAAUACCUCGAUGCAAUGGAACAGAAAGACUAUGCCCGCAUGGAAUCCAUUAGGGCCAAAUACAGUGGGAGACAGCACAGCGAGAGGAGUAGAUCAAUGACCCCUGCCACCUUUGAAACACCUGCCAGUUUUGGGGAGAGAACACCACGAAGUAACAGUGCAGCAGAUACACCUGGUGCCAGUUCGAUGACCUCAGAAUCUUCACAAAAAUCCACCUCAGUGGCUGAUAAACAUUCGUUGGACUCAUUUCUCCAAGCCUAUACCAGUGAGGACAACGAUAGUUUCCAACAAAUUGUCGAUACAGCUGAUGCCAAGCUAAGGCAAAAAUUUUCGGUCCUUUAUAAUGAAGAAAAAUUAUCAGCAGAAAAACUCGCAAGAGCCCUAACACUACCCUCAAUAGAAAAACAAUUUGAAGAACCCGAUCCCAUGAGAAGCAUAGAGACGUGGAAUUAUACCAAUAAAAAUUCCAUCAUGUAUACACCUGAAGGUGUAGAACUGACAGAAAAAGAGAAAAUAGAAAUGGCAAAUCGUCGUCAGGUAAUACAACACAGUGCCACUCGGUUACACACCACCCCAUUUAAGGAGGAUGAUAAGGCGAAACCAAAAACGGGAUCCACAACAGAUUCCAACUCUGAGCUAUCAAUUGUGGGUGAAACAAGUAACCCCAUGGCACCACAAAUUAAUCGUUUUGAUUUACUCAAAACUCCCUCCCCCAGACCUGGCGAAGCAUUUUCCCCUUUAAUGACAUGGGGUGAAAUUGAGGGCACACCCUUUCGUUUGGAUGGCUCAGAUACUCCAGUGCGUCCCAAUACUGGCCCAUCCUUUAAAAUCAAUGAAAAUUCCCGCCGUGAAACAAUAGCUUUAGCCCUAGCCGAAAAGGUUGGAGAGAAAAUGCGUGCCCAAAAACGCCGAGCAAAAGAAACGGCACACACAAAUAUCUCUUCACCCUUUAUACGUUCGAAUAUGGAUCGUUUAGCAUCAAUGUCACCAGCUGCCCGAAAUUUAGCCACCAUGAAAUUGGGUAUACGCUCUACGCCCAGUAUGCUGACACCAUCUCCGUUGAGAACACCCAAACUAAAGGUGACACCAAAACCAAAUGCCACCAAGAGUACACCAGAUGUUGGUGUUAAGAAGUCCUCUGCGGUAAAAGCCUCACCAAAACCUUUACCCAAGGUUUCAGUAGCAAAUAUAGAAUCAACAUUAAGUGCCACCGGUGGAACUCUAACGGAUGAUUUGCUGAAUAUUCCUACAACUAAACGUGCUCGAGCGGCAGAUUUCUUUUAG